AUGUCACAAAUCUACGAGCACGAUGACAAGGCCUCAUCACUCUUUCCGCAUCUAAUUCACCACCUUCCACACUCUAUCUCGCUUCUCCGUCGUAUUCAGCACGGAAUCGCCUACCCAGCUCCCACCGCCAAGAUCCUAGCUUCCUUCCCGCCUUCGUCUCCUGGGACCUCAGCCCCUGAUCCCAGUCCCAAUCAGCCAUGGCUGGCUGCGCGAGUGGAUCUCUCCCGCGGCAGAGAGACCCAGAUCAUCAUCUACUCCAGUCUUGAAGCGGAGCACACGUCAAUUCAGCCGAUCGCUGUCAGCCCUCACGGCAAUCCCGGCCCCAGUCCCAGUUCCACCACACUGGAACACGCUACUUACAAGGUUGCCACUAUUUCUGCUGAGCAGACUCAUCUAGAUCUGGUCCGUGAUCAAUUUCUAGCUUUAUUGGCUUAUAUUAAAGCGAAUAUGUUACCGGAGUAUCUGGCUUCUUUACCUGAGGCACCUGCGACGACAGAACUAAACUCACCAAAUGGUGUCGCGUUGAUUCCGGCGCCGGAUCCACACGCUUUCCUUAUUGGAUCCCUGCAUACGGGAUUGUUUAAUUUGCUUUUGAAAGAUGCUAUCUACCCCUCUACGGGCGCAGAUAACGAUGCCGCGAACCCGAUCUCGAAAAUAAAGGUUCAUCGCUUCGAUAACCCGCCCUAUGGCAAGUUCUUCUUUCGGCGCGAUGCAUUCACCGUGUCGCAGGAUGGCGUUGAGACCGAGAACCAUUUACCGGCUGGAUAUCGUUUCCAUGAUCGGAAAGGAAGAAAGGGAGUCCUAGACUCGCAUCUGGACCUUGUGCAGAGUCGUACACAUAUUCCUCGCUCGAGGGCGCAAUUAUCUAGUAUUCCUGGUGUGGCUAUCUACUCUGAUGCUGGUCCUGAUUCUGGUGAUGAGGAGAUGCCCAUUGCAUGGGCUUUUCUGGGUGUUGAUGGAGCCUUGGCUACGUUGCAUGUUGAACCUGAACAUCGAGGAAGGGGGUUAGCACUUGCUUUGUCGAAAGAGACGAUGCGGAAGGGGAUGGAUGCGGAGGGAGUUUUUGGGGCUGCGAGACUUGCGUUGGAUCAGAAGCUGGCGGAACGGUCUGCAGACUGGGUGCAUACUGAGGUGGCUCAUUAUAAUCAGGCUAGUCGGAGGGUUAUGGAGAAGGUUGGUGGGGAGGAAAAGACCUUUGUUAUGUGGUCCGUUAUAGAACUUUGUGAUUGA